CCGGCUGGUCACACGAAGGCGAAGGCGGGCUAGGCACUGAAUCUCCGAGAGAGAGUCGCGAUUUGGAGCCGCGAUGAACUUGGCAGACUGCCUGGCUAGGGCGGCGGCUCAGGGCCGCGAGCACGAGGUUCGGGCUCUGCUGGAAGCAGGGGCUUUGCCCAACGUUCCGAACUGUUUCGGUCGCACUCCGAUUCAGGUGAUGAGGAUGAGCAACACCCAAGUAGCCCGCUUGCUGCUGCUUUACGGUGCGGAUCCGAACUGCGAGGAUCCAACCACCCUCUCCCGACCGGUGCACGAUGCAGCGCGGGAGGGCUUCUUGGAUACUCUGGUAGUACUGCACCAGGCGGGAGCGCAGCUGGAUGUGCCUGACGCCUGGGGUCGCCUGCCGAUAGCCCUGGCCCUGGAACAGGGUCAUUUCCAGGUCGUGCGCUAUCUGCUUGUAGCUCAUCUGCUUGCAGCUCUUGAGCUUUCGGCUCAAGCACCCCCAGACCACCCCUAAAGUCUGGCUAAGUCCCUCACCUGCCCGCCCAGUUCUCUUCCUUGGAUCCACCUCUGGAAAAAGAAUGGCGCUUGGCUGGUCCCGAUUUGCGCCUGUGAUUCUAGCGUGUGGGAGGCUGGGCGCGAGCAGUUAGAGGCCACCUUGCUUUACAAGGAAAUAAAAGGAAAUGAUGCUU